ACACAAGAGUUCUACCAGUAAGAACGGGAAACUCAUGCACAAGGGAAGCUUCUAUGGUUUACCUUCAUGGGCCGUCAGCUACUUCAAUAUUUACCACACUGAAAGAGUCUCGUUCAGGAUAUAUUAAUAUACUUAGGGGGGCUUGGAAGUCUAUGGUGCCGCAGAGUUUGAGAACUUUUUAGUAUUGUUUCUAAACUUUGGUGAACUUGGAGAUUCACAUGAGCAGAACUUGCAAAUUGGAGUUGCAGUCUGGAGACUAUAAUUUUUUGUGUACUUGUGGAACUAAGUUUUUACAUCUUGAAAGAGAGGACUUAUAUAAUGAGAAGGGGAACGGAAUAAAAGACAUAAUAAGGAUGAGGUAAACGCUUAGAUAAUAUCCACAAGAUACAGACAGGGUUUCUUGAGACGAAACACUGCGACCAGAUGGUAACAAGGAUUUGAAAGGUCUAAAAACGUUACUUGAACGCAAUAUGAAUCACGUCAGGGAGUCGAGUAAACGCAACACAUAUACAUACAACUCGACAGGUGGUGACGUGCUGUAUGCCACGCCCGACGAUGGAUACCACACUAACUCCACCGUCGACGGGUACUACACUGUACCUCAGAAGAGGAACAGUAGUAGUAGCAGCAGUUACAGUAGCUCCAGUAGCAGUCGCUAUGGAAACAAAUACAGGACUCAACAAAGCCAGAAAUCGCAGCAAAAUCAUGUAUUAGGAAAUUCUGUGUCGUACGAUGAUGGAGGGGGAGACGGAAGCAGUAUACAUAGCAACCAUGGGAGUGUCCAUAGCAACCAUGGAAGUGUCCAUAGCAACCAUGGAAGUGUUCACAGCAACCACGGAAGUGUUCAUAGCAACCCCAACAACUACCAUCAUAAAAGCAACCAUGGCAACCAUGUAAAUAACAACUAUGUAACCAAGGAAACCUCAAGAAGAUAUCAGACAUGGAACGGGAGGCAUCGCUCGGAUGGAAUUGAAGCAGGCCGUGCAUUGAGCGUCGAACCCACAUUGACAGCCACUGAGCUCAGCCAGCCAGCAGUGGACGAACUAAACGUGAUGGCAUAUGCCGCUGGGUUCCACAGGGCCAAGCCCGUCUCGGAAACCUUCCAGACCAGUUUUGGAGCCGAGACAUACGCUUCGAAAAAAACGACAGAUUGGGGAUUGUGUGCUAAGAUUGACCUGAGCAGAUGCACUGGUUUAGAUACUAACCCUACCGGAGAUACACACAAUGCUAACACAGAUGUACCGGUGACCAUACAUGUGAGAGUAUUAGAUCAGCAGGUCUCCAUAGAAGACAUCUCGGCUCAGAUAGAGGCACCUGGCAGCCCUGUCCCCAUCAGUCUAAAAGCUCUGAGUACUGAACUGGUAGAAGUACAGUUCACCCCGCUUGAUGGGGGCAUGCACAAGGUUUCAGUAAGAUGUCGAGGGGAGAUGGUGAGAGGGAGCCCUAUUAAAGUCAACGUACAGAAAGACAUGUCAUCUUACCCAAAGAAUGUCAAAGUUGGAGGAAACGCAAGCGCUUUCAUUGGAGAAGAACUUCAGUUCCAAGUUGAUACACAGGAGGCGGGGCAAGGCGAUAUCAGCGUUGACAUCACCAACGGCCACACCCGACUACCAGUCCGCAUUACAAGGGAAGGGCGUGUCUUUACCGUGCAUACCAGGGCCAAGGAUGUAGGCUCGUACGUGGUUGAUAUCAAGUGGAAUGGCCAGUCAAUAACAGAUGACCCAAUGAGGAUAUCAGUGAGGGAUCCUUCCAAGUGCAGAGCAAUGGGGGAAGGCCUGUCUCGAGCGAGGGAGGAUACACCGGCAAUAUUCACUGUGGAUCCCAUCGCAGCAGGGCCAGGAGAGCUGAGAGUACAGGUCGAAGGACCAAAUUCUAUGGCUAAAGUAAGCGUUGAUGAGAACAGGGACGGUACCUACACAGUGACUUACAUACCAGUGGAAGUGGGCCUAUUCACACUCAAGAUUUUCUGGUCAGACAAACAAAUACCAGGGAGUCCAUAUCACAUCAAAGUGACCGAUCCUAGGAAGGUGAGGGUGGUCAAGAGCAGUAUCAAGAAUGACCAGACGGUCAACGGAAUGCACAAGAUGACCAGAAACAAAGAAUUCAAGAUUGUCUUCGAUACAAGCGAAGCUGGACCUGGUAUGAUGCAAGCAGACCUGGACACACCUACCAGUAGGGUCCCUCUUAAUAUCGAACCAGAGAUGCAAGGCAGACAGAGUGUAGCAUUCAUACCAGAUGAGCAAGGAGCGCACGAGUUGAAAGUGACAUGGUCAGGGGUCCCGAUAAAAGGGUCACCACUCAAGCUCUACUCCAAGACAGAAGAGAUUCCAAUUGAUCAUACCAAAGUACAGGUGAGAGGAGACGGAAUGGAGGUCGGCAAGGUCUUCAAGAAGACGGAGUUCAUCAUUGAUGGGUCAAAUGCAGGACCAGGUGUGCCAAGUGUAAGAAUGAGUGGUCUGGAUGAAGAUAUCAAUGUCACACUCACGCAUCUUGACAACCACAGAUACCAAGCAACCUACACUCCAGAAAAACCUGGUACCUAUCUGCUUCACACGGCCUGGUCGGACAGGCAAGUCAACGGGUCACCUUUUAAGGUCAACAUCGCAGGAGAAUCUCACGCCAACCGUGUGAAGGCCUCUGGAGCAGCACUGGGAAUGCUGGUUGCAAAUAACACGUCAAGACUUGUCAUCGACGGCCGUGACGCAGGAGCUGGAGACUGGUCACAAGGUGAUUUGACAGCUCGGUGCAUGGGUCCUAGUCAGAUGGCAGAGGUACACAUUGGUGAUAACCAGGACAACACAUUCUCACUCCUCAUCACUCCAAAGGAACAAGGAAAACACAUCUUAGAGGUUAAAUAUGGUUCAGAUCAUAUCCAAGGGAGCCCUUUUGUUCUCAGAGUUGCUGGUGCCCCUGAUGCCAGUCAGGUGGUCUGUCACGGGUUUGGUCUAGAGCAUGGCAUCCUGAGCAAGUUCAGAGGGAGGUUUGUUUGCGAGACGAAAGGAGCGGGGGCAGGUCAACUCAAGGUCAGAGUUCACGGCCCCAAAGGUGCAUUCCGUGUUGAAAUGAAACGCAACGACACGCGCGAUCGUACGAUUGAUGUCCUCUACAACCCUGUCGAGGUCGGGGAUUACACCAUCCACGUGAAAUGGUCAGACAAGCACGUUCCGGGAAGUCCAUUCCUCAUAAAGAUUGUCGACAACGAAGAGCAGCUGCGAGAGGUCCAAGAAAAGUUCCCGACAUACUCGACCCGAGCACGCUAUGGAGGACGUGAAAACGGCUGGGCGGAAGAUAUUUAAAAAAUCCUAUUCCUAACAGGGAGCUGUUUCACAAAGGGUUAAAAGUGACUUCAAGUCAUGCCUAAUGCUUCAGUUAUACCAACAAAACCAACUCUAAACCGACUGAUGGUGUGCCAUUGGUAAAUUGCAUAAUGGUUUUUGGUGGUCUGGAUCCCAUUUCAUAAAGACUUUUUGUUAAUAGCCCAAAUGCAUAAAUUCUAUAACACUUUUACUAUCAGCCAAUCAGAUUGAAGGAUUUCAGUAGCUUUAAACCGAUAGUAUAAAUUUGUCAUUGUAUCAACUAUCAAGUUUUAUGAAACAGGCACCUCGAGUGGUUUUUGCAGGUGUGCCCGUAGCUUAUGUAGGAACAUGCAUGUGGUAUAUUAGUCUGCAAACACAGACCCAAAUUUGACACUUUAACCAAACCAUGUCCACAGUGAAGACUAGACAGUUCUGAACUCUCUAGUAGAGCCAGCCACAGUACAUAGUGAAUCUAGUCUCUCCACUUCAGACUCUGCAGUGUGCACUAUGUGAAUUAAAAAAACCAAGGGUCUGCGCUCGCAGACUAGUGGUAUAUAAAACUUGAUAUUAAUAAUGAAUAUGCUGUAGCAUGCAACCCCUAAGCAUGAUGUGACCAAUGUACAUUAUAGUGAUGUAAUACAUGCCAUAAGCAACUGGGAAAUAAAGUUUGAUCAUAAGUCAUGCUAAACUCUGUGAAUCAACCCAAGAUUUUUACUUUUUAUGAAAAUAAUUAUAUGUAUAUAUCGCUCAAUAAUUUGCAAUGUGACCAAAUGAAAAGAACCUAUGACUGUACGUGUACUUCCCUGAAUGCACAUAUUCCUUUACUAAAACCUUGUAUGUUUUUUUUUAUUUUAUUUAAUUUUGACCUCUAAAAUUGACAAAGGCUUCUAUAGUUGUCAUCCCCCUCAGUGGGAUCACAUCUGGCAAUAUAUACGUUGGUAACACCACAUCUGUGAAUAUCUAUUAACACAUCUGUGAAUAAGGACAUCUGUAGAUAUCACUUAACACAUAUGUGGAUAUCACUUUACAUCUGUAGAUAUCACUUUGCAUCUGUAGAUAUCACUUAACACAUAUGUGGAUAUCACUUUACAUCUGUAGAUAUCACUUAACACAUAUGUGGAUAUCACUUUGCAUCUGUAGAUAUCACUUAACACAUAUGUGGAUAUCACUUUGCAUCUGUAGAUAUCACUUAACACAUAUGUGGAUAUCACUUUGCAUCUGUAGAUAUCACUUUACAUCUGUAGAUAUCACUUAACACAUAUGUGGAUAUCACUUUGCAUCUGUAGAUAUCACUUAACACAUAUGUGGAUAUCACUUUGCAUCUGUAGAUAUCACUUAACACAUAUGUGGAUAUCAGUUUACAUCUGUAGAUAUCACUUAACACAUAUGUGGAUAUCACUUAACACAUAUGUGGAUAUCACUUUGCAUCUGUAGAUAUCACUUAACACGUACGUGGAUAUCACUUAACAUCUGUAGAUAUCACUUUGCAUCUUUAGAUAUCAUAUGUGGAUAUCACUUAACACAUAUGUGGAUAUCACUUUACAUCUGUAGAUAUCACUUUGCAUCUGUAGAUAUCACUUAACACAUAUGUGGAUAUCACUUUGCAUCUGUAGAUAUCACUUAACACAUAUGUGGAUAUCACUUAACACAUAUGUGGAUAUCACUUUACAUCUGUAGAUAUCACUUAACACAUAUGUGGAUAUCACUUUGCAUCUGGAGAUAUCACUCAACACAUAUGUGGAUAUCACUUUGCAUCUGUAGAUAUCACUUUCACAUAUGUGGAUAUCACUUCACACAUAUGUGGAUAUCACUUUGCAUCUGUAGAUAUCACUUAACACAUAUGUGGAUAUCAUUUAACACAUAUGUGGAUAUCACUUUGCAUCUGUAUAUAUCACUUAACACAUAUGUGGAUAUCACUUUGCAUCUGUAGAUAUCACUCAACACAUAUGUGGAUAUCACUUUACAUCUGUAGAUAUCACUUAACACAUAUGUGAAUAUCACUUUAUAUCUGUAAAUAUCACGUAUCAGUGGAUUUUUUGUUCAUACCUGUACUUAUUUCCUUUACUUCAAAUACUUUGCAAAAUUUAUGAAAGAUAAAAUAAGAACUACAAAUAUUAAAUAUUUCGUAUGAAGCUGGUGAAUUCUGUGAACCUCUAUAUGUACAGAUAAAAAAAAGUCAUUUUUUAACAUUAUUUGCUGCUUGUAAAAAUGCUUUUAUACAAUACAUUAUGAAUGUGCAAAUAGAUUAAUGAAUUUAUGUUUUAGAAAUGAUAUAAUCUUGUGUUUAUGUUUUAGAAAUUAUAUAAUCUUUUGUUUAUAUUCCACUUGCCAUGGUAUGAAAUACUAAUAUAUUUAUGAUAGUCUGAUAAUUCAUUAUGUACAUGCUUGAUAGGUAAAAGUCUUGGCUGCCUAAAGCCUCUUAUACUCCAUUAUCAGUGAUACAAAAAACAGUAUGGUACAGCUCUGGUUUUCAGGAUCUUAUAUUCAAUUCUAGUCAAUUUCAAAGGGUUUUGCAAUUUAAUAGGAAAGAUACAAUUCCAAAAGUUGCAUAUGAAGACUAGCAACUGCCACAGCCUUUAGUCCUAAAUGUUUGUGAAUUGACACAAGAUGAUUAUCUGGGUGGCAUUUUUCAAGCUUAAAAAUACUUCUCAACUUCAAAUAUCAACAGCUAUCCACAUAAGGAACUACAUGCACAUGCUGUUUUGAUAAUAUGGCCUAGACUAUCUUUUCAAGAUUUAUAUUUAACAUUUUGUAUAUUAUUAAAUCAUGAAAUUUAAUAACUGCCAUGCAUGUGUAUAUCUAUGUAAUCAUAACUGUAUAUUUAUUUAUUCUAAUGAAUUAAAAGCCACAAUAUGACUAAUUUACACAUUAUGUGGUUCAUGUAGAAGCAAAAUAUUAGAAGUGUAUUAUCUGAUCACAUUUAUAAAAUUUAAAUGCAUUUUUAAAGUAAAUUUUGUAGUACAUGUACAAUAUUGGCGUUUUCCUUGGAAUUGGACAAAUUCAAGUUUUUCAUGUAUCAACAUGUUGGUGAGUAGGUGUCUUUAGUUAUGAAUUAAAUAUUUUAUUCACAAUUCCUUCAAUCAAAUUAACUUGACACAUUGGAUUCUGAUUAAACUAGUGCAUUUAUUGUUAGAGGAAAUUGGGUUCAAAUAAGUAGAAUAAAAUCAGGAGUGUGUAGUAAAACAAGUUUUGGUUCAAACAGUGUAGGAAAUAAUCAAGGGCAAUUUGAUGGAUUCACAAUAUGGUGCGCCAUGUAUCGGUUGCAUUGAACAGGCCAAAAUUCCAACGUUGGGGUCGAAAUCGCGCGCAGGCAGCGCACAGUGCUAGUGCUCCAAAUAUGGAAACCACAUGGCAAGAAUUUGCCUAAAACGGUCUCAAUUUCGCAAAGAAAUAUGCAGGCAAAUUUCUCUCCUACCUCCUGGACCCUAGUAAACAGUAUAUCCGGUUGAGCCGCGUCGGCCAGCGCUGUAUAAUCACAUGUAUAUGUAUUCACUUAAGUACUACCACGUGCAACAGAUGUCGACUUUUACCCAUGAUGCAUUGUGAAUUUUGGCCUGUCCGCUGCAACCGAUAGAUGGCGCACUGUACUGUGAAUUCACAGAAUUUGAUUGCAAGUCAAUUUUAAGUCCCCAAAUCAAUCAUAUGCCUUGCAUUUAAUUGUAAAUUUGCAAAUGAUUGCUGGUCUCCUUGAACAACAAGUAUAAAUUGAUCUACUUUAGUUGAAAUCGAUCUAUCACUUGUAAAUUUGCAACUGAAGUUUGCCAUUGAUUUACUGCAAAUAAUUUCUUGCAACACCUCCUUAUUAGCCAUCAUUGUAGCUCAGGGCCCCGUUGCAUAAAAGUUACUAUGAUGUUAACUUUGCUAUCAAAUGCUUACUUCCAUGAAAUCCUUGAUAAUGAUUGGCUAUUAUGCAUUGUUACCAUGGUUACCAUUGGAUGGCAGAGAUACAUGUACCAUAAUACUAUAAUAGUAACUUUUAUGCAACGGGGCCGUGAUCACAUAAUUCAUGGGGGGGGCAUGUUUCUUUUUUGGUAAUAGCCCUAUACGUGCCACCAAAAAAAAAAAAAAAUUACACAAUAAUUUCAAUACCUCAAAACAUGCUAUAGACCUAAAAAGAAGGUCAAAUAUAUCUGCAUGAUGGACUACUAUUUAAAGCCUAAUUUGAUUUUUUUUUAAAUAUGAAAAUCUGAAGAAAAUUUCAAUACAGAGAAGUUAACAUGCUGAAAUAUACAUCAAUAAUUGUGAUUGAAAUGUCUGAAAAUCCGGUGAAAACCCACUUCUUUGAAAGAAAGGUUUAUUAACAUUUUUCUUUGGUUCAAUUAAAGUUCCAUUAACAUCUGUUCAGGAAUUUUCAAACUCUCUUUGUACCACUCUUUCAAAAUCAUGAAAUGUACAUGUAUGUAUACCAAUGAUGAUUUUUGUUUGUUUUUUGUUCCAAUAUGUUGCCUCACUUUAAUAUCAAACAAAUAAACAGCAAACGCCAAUAUCAUAUAUAUAAAAACAUUUUAAUUACAAUUUACUUCCAUAUAUAAUAAAGCUGCUACAUUCUUUCUACAAGUUAUAUUACAAGGAUAUCUACAAUGUCAACUAAGUAUGUAGUUUGUGUCGAUUUUAAAUCAAUAUUCUACAUGAAAUUUUCAGAGAUAAUAUUUUCAUGAUAGAUAAUGGGGAAUAUUGGAAAGGAGCUCAAAAAGAUGCAGAGUGCCUUUUCAAUUCAAAGAUAUAAAGUAUAUAUCAAAGAGGAUUCUUGCAGGAUUCCUGUAUAAAAGUCAUGAAUCUGACUUUCUGGUAUUAAAGGUGCCUUAAUUGGCCUUUAAAGUGACCUGUUGAAAUAUAAUCAUAUGAAAUAAGCUUAUCAACUUUAACUUAUAAUUCACCCCAUUUCAAUGUUAAAUAAUUCAUACAGAGUAUAUUUUGCUUUCUAUACUCUCUCGUUACGAGGGUUUCGAAAAGUAAAUGUAGAACGUUAUUUACACUAUAUAGAUGCGUCACGUAUUAAAAAUGGGAAAAUUUCUGCCACAAGCAUAUUUUCUUCUCCCAUUCUCACAGUGCUUACCUAAACGUAGCCAUCUCUGCUUCCACUCCCAAAUGUAUGACCCCCCCUCUCCUAUCUUGUAUUGAAAAAAUGUAUUAGGGUAAACAUGGUUGAUUAGCUUAAAGGCAUGUACAAAUGGGGCUUGUAUUGAGUAACUUUAGUCCAUUAUUGCAAUAUUAUAGUAUGUGUGUAGCAUAAUAUGAUAAUAAAAUACUACAAUGAAAUAAUUAUACAGCUAACUCAGAGUGUGUAUUGUGUGUCAUUUCAUGUGUUGCAACAUAGUGAAAAUUAAAUCACACUUCAUAU